AAGCAAUUUCAACCCUUCUCCCAAUCGAAACCAUCUGGUGAGUGCCGUAGCCAUUCUCAAAACGCAACACAACACAAACCAAGAUUCUCAGACUCCAUACUCGCUUCGUUUUUCACACUUCCACAGCGUGCCCCUCAAAAUUAAACGCGCUGGUGAUGAAGGGAGUCGAAAUUUGUCUCCAUUUUCAAUGAUUCUUCUGAGAUGAGACCCCAUAAUGAGUCUGAAAAACCAUACCUUGUUUCUGGGAACAAGUCUUCAUGGCUCUUUGGAAAGUGGCACCAGCAAGAGGAACCCUUUUCUUUUGGAGAGAAGGAAGUUGCCGCAGAAGGGUCUUUGCAAUUGCACGUGCUGCGUGUCCCCAAGACGCUGCCGUUUGGUAAGCCAAGCGUUACGGCUUUCAGCUUUUUCUGGGCAAAACGCGGGGUUAUUGGGAAAAGACUUGAUCUUGAGAGGUGGGUCGAGGUUAGAAUGUGCCAGGGAACCUUAUUUUAGGAGUGAGGCUUUGGGCAGUUAUUUGACACCGUUGUGGAAAGAGGGGCUGCUUUUGAUAAGGGCUUCUGUUUGCACUGCUGUUGUAUCUGGAGUGUGCAUGCUGGUGUGGUAUGGCCAGAAUAAAGCAAAGGGUUUCAUUGAGGCCAAUUUGUUGCCUUCUGUUUGUUCAGUAAUCAGUGAGUACAUUCAGCGUGACCUUGUGUUUGGCAAGGUUCGGCGAAUUUCGCCGUUGAGCAUUACUUUGGAAUCUUGCUCGUUUGGGCCUCACAAGGAGGAGUUUUCGUGUGGCGAGGCUCCCACGGUGAAGCUUCGGCUCCGCCCCUUUGUGAGUUUGAGGAGGGGAAAGUUGGUGAUUGAUGCGGUUUUGUCGCAUCCAAGUCUCUUGGUAGCACAGAAGAAGGACUUUACUUGGUUGGGAAUACCCUUCAAUGAAGGAGGCAUGGGGAGAAGUUUCUCGGCUGAAGAAGGCAUAGAUUAUCGUACAAGAACAAGGAGGCUUGCACGAGAGGAAGCCUUGGCUCAUUGGGAAAGAGAAAGGGAUGAUGCGGCUAAGGAAGCUGCUGAGGUGGGGUACUUUGUUUCUGAGAGGAGUUGUGGUGUGUCCCAAGGUGAUGAUGGUUUAAAGGAGAUGGAAACUCGUUCCGUGGAGUCAACUGCAUCUGCGCCCUUUUUCUGCAUGAAUGAUGGGAAGCACGAUCAUAGGUUGAUGGACAAAGGUGUUAAUUACGAUACGAAGCAUGCAGCUUUGGAAAAAUCAUUUGGAGUGAGAUUACCUGCAUCGGGACUUCGAUUUUGGUCCAGAGUAAUAUCCGGGCCAAGGAAACACAAGUUUAAGAGGAAGGGUAAUGGGGGUAGCAUCUUUGCAUCCGGUGUUGCUAUCAAAAAGAGAAUGUUUGAACGUAGUGCAUCAGCUGCUCAUACAUACUUUUGUAAUCAAUCACAAUGGAAAUUUGGGGAGCCUUUGUCGCCUUCUGAAUGUUAUCAUUUUAUGAGUCAUGAUAUGCAUUUGGUGAAAAGUGAGGUUGACAGAAAUGCCAAACCUGUUGUUGGUGAUGAAAAAAGAAGUGAUGAUAGCCAAAGUGUAACACAAUUCAAAGAUCUGGCAUUGCCUCCCUCAGUGAAUGAAAAUAUUGGCAUUCAAUCGGAUUACUUAAACUUAGUUUGUGAUCCAACAUUACACACAAGAGAGGGUGAAUUUGAAAAUUUGCAAUCUAGUGAUGAUGUUGCAGAACCGGCUAAUCCAAAUGGUAUUAAAGAGAAAAAUGAGGAGUUUGUACCAUAUGUUGCUGCCAGUCAUAUGGACGAUAAUGACAGCUCUUCAGGGGGGCAACGAGGUUUGACAUCUGAAAAUUUGAGUUUUGUGAAGCCUAACUCUCAGUUGGAAACCUAUUUUCAAAAUCCAUUUGAGCUCUUGCUUGUGAAAUUUGACUUAACAUCAAUUUUAAGAAAUAUGGAAGAGUUGACAUCUUGGUUUCUUUCUGGCCCCUUUGCAAAAUUGAAGUCUGUCGUGGGUCUGAGAGUUGAAGAUAUUGUUUCCGAACAUGUUGAUGGGAUAGAUUUUGUGCAGUCCGAAGGUGUUACAAAGGUUCUGCCUAUUACAUUGGAUUCAGUUCAUUUCAAAGGUGCAACGUUGAUGCUGCUUGCAUAUGGUGACAAGGAAGUUAGGGAGAUGGAGAAUGUCAAUGGACAUGUAAAGUUCCAAAAUCACUAUAGUCGCAUACAUGUGGAUCUGAGUGGAAAUUGUAAUACUUGGAGAUCAGAUCUUAUAUCUGAAGAUGGAGGCUGGUUGUCUGCCAAUGUUUUUGUUGACACUAUUGAUCAGAGUUGGCAUGCUAAUCUAAAAAUUGAUAAUCUUUUUGUCCCGCUGUUUGAAAGGAUCCUUGAAAUUCCAAUUAUCUGGUCUAAAGGGAGGGCUAGCGGCGAGGUUCACCUGUGCAUGUCCAAGGGGGAGACUUUUCCAAAUUUUCAUGGACAACUUGAUGUGAUAGGGUUGGAUUUCCAGCCAUUGGAUGCUCCAUCAUCUUUUUCCAACAUAUCAGGGAGUUUAUGUUUUCGUGGUCAAAGAAUAUUUUUACACAAUGCAAGUGGCUGGUUUGGCAGUGUUCCUUUAGAAGCAUCAGGAGACUUUGGCAUUCAUCCUGAAGAAGGAGAGUUUCAUCUUAUGUGUCAGGUUCCUGGUGUUGAAGUGAAUGCUUUGAUGAGAACCUUUAAGAUGAAACCUCUUCUCUUCCCGGUACAUUUCUUUAGCUCGGUGCACUAAUUUUAGUACUUUAAA